AUAUCGUGAAUCGAGUGUUCUGUUACUUCUGUUUUUCUGGUUAAACCCUAAAGGGGCGGGAAUAGACAGAAAGCAGUCCACACAGGAAUCUCGUAUUCGUAUCUCCCUUUUGCCGUAGCACGAGUCAAAAGAGGACCAGUAAACCCCGCUGUUCAUGGGAACUGGUGGAAUGGCAUCUUGGUUACAAUGGAUAAUCAAUCAAAAUCAAAAGCAAAAAGCAAAACCCUCGCUGUUUCCCUUCCUUGGUCCCUUUUCAAUUCCUUCCCUUGGGAUGCAGUCAUUCUAUUCUCUUCAUCCUCUUCCUCCAUAAAGUUGAAAAAUGCUCCCAUUCUUUACUUGCUAUCAGAGAAAGCCCUAAAAGCUAAGUAAUUGCCCCGCAUCAACAAGCAAAGGAUCUUUACACACUCUAUCUAUAUCAAAAUUCAGAAAUACAAAUAUGGUUUUCGUGUGCGCAUUCUUCAGCGGCUUUCAGGGUGGAGGGAGAGAGAGUUCCAACAAGUUUCAGGUGGAAAUCAGGGGUGCUGACGGAGUUGGACGGCAGGAAUGGCGAGUACGAGUGGGACCAAAGAUGAGGUGGGCCCACCGAGGUCGUUGUCAAGGAGGAUGACGAGGACUUCCACUAUGGUUGAUCCUAAUGCCGAAGGUGUUGAUAGCGAGCUUGUUCCUUCUUCCCUUGCUUCUAUUGCUCCCAUCCUUCGGGUUGCCAAUGAGAUCGAGAAGGAUAAUGACAGAGUUGCUUACUUGUGCCGGUUUCAUGCAUUUGAGAAGGCCCACAGGAUGGAUCCUAUAUCUAGUGGACGUGGUGUUCGCCAAUUCAAGACCUACCUGCUACAUAGACUUCAGAAGGAAGAAGAAACGACAAAACCUCGGCUAGCAAAAAGUGAUCCUAGGGAAAUCCAGAAGUUCUACCAGAACUUCUAUGAGAAAAACAUCAGAGAAGGCCAAUACACAAAGAAACCUGAGGAGAUGGCCAAGAUUUAUCAGAUUGCAACGGUUUUAUAUGAUGUACUAAGGACUGUGGUACCUGCUUCAAAAAUCGAGCAAGAGACUCAACAAUACGCAAGAGAUGUAGAUGCAAACAGAGAACAACAUGAACACUAUAACAUCCUUCCUUUGUAUGCUGUUGGAAAUAAACCAGCAAUUACAAGGCUUCCCGAGAUCCAAGCAGCUCUUCGAGCAAUUCGCACUGUGGAUAACCUUCCAUCUGUUAGAAGGAUAGGAGACGCAGACAAACCUAUUAAUGAUAUUCUGGAGUGGUUAUCAUUAAUUUUUGGUUUUCAGAAAGGAAAUGUUGCAAAUCAACGGGAGCACUUGGUAUUGUUACUUGCAAAUAUUGAUAGAAGGUCGAAGGGUGUUGAUGAUUAUGAUCAGUUGGGUAGCCAAACGGUAAAGCAUUUACUGGAUAAAACUUUCAAGAACUAUGUCUCAUGGUGUCAUUAUUUGCACCGAACAUCAAUCAUUGAUUCAAAUAAGGUUCCAAAUAGUGCUGAUAGGCAGCAGUUGCAUCUUCUCUACAUUGGACUCUAUCUACUCAUCUGGGGUGAAGCUUCAAACAUACGGUUCAUGCCUGAAUGCCUUUGCUAUAUUUUUCAUAAUAUGGCAAACGAAAUGCAUGGAACUUUAUUUGGCAAUGUCCAACCUGUAAGUGGAGGGACAUAUCAAGCAGCAGCAGUUGAUGAGGAAGCAUUUCUGCGUGAGGUCAUCUCACCUGUUUAUGAUGUUCUUCGUAAGGAAGCCAGGAGAAAUCAAGGUGGCAAAGCAAGCCAUGCUUCAUGGAGAAAUUAUGAUGAUCUUAAUGAAUAUUUUUGGUCUGACAAAUGCCUUAAGUUAGGCUGGCCAAUGGAUCGCAAGUCUGACUUUUUUGUUCACUCUGAUGAGUCAUCGCGUCAUCAUGCAGUAUGUGUGGAUUUAAUUAUGCUAGUAAGUAGUUUUCACCAAAUAAAAAUAUGCUCAAAUUUAAGUAAUCUGCAGGGGCGCAAUCAAGUAGUAUCUGGAAAGAAGAAGCCUAAAACAAAUUUUGUUGAAGUGCGUACAUUUUUGCACCUUUACAGGAGUUUUGAUCGGAUGUGGAUAUUCCUCAUAUUGGUCUUGCAGGCUAUGAUCAUUGUUGCAUGGCAUGGAGAUGGAUCAAUCUUUGGAAUUUUGGAUGAAGGUGUCAUCAAAAGUAUCUUCAGCAUAUUCAUUACUCAUGCUAUACUUAAUUUUAUCCAAGCUAGUCUAGACAUAAUCCUUAGUUUCAAUGCCUGGGGGAGCUUAAAACCUACACAGAUUCUUCGCUAUAUACUCAAAUUCAUUGUAGCUGCAUUUUGGGUAGUAAUCUUGCCAGUUUGUUACUCAAGAUCAGUUCCAAAUCCAACAGGACUUGUGAAGUUUGUCAGUACUUUGGGGGGAAAUUGGAGAGAGCAAUCACUUUAUAACUACCUUAUAGCAAUUUACUUGAUACCCAACAUACUGGCUGCCUUUCUAUUUCUGCUUCCACCUAUAAGAAGACACAUGGAACGUUCCAAUUGGCGCAUAGUUACUCUUCUAAUGUGGUGGGCACAGCCAAAACUCUAUGUUGGAAGAGGCAUGCAUGAAGACAUCUUUUCGCUUUUCAAGUAUACUCUAUUUUGGAUAGUGCUGCUAAUAAGCAAGUUCGCUUUCAGCUACUAUGUGGAGAUACUGCCACUGGUCACACCCACAAAGUUAAUCAUGAAAAUGCAUGUUAGCAGCUAUGAGUGGCAUGAGUUCUUUCCCAACAUGACCCACAAUAUUGGCGUUGUUAUUUCUAUUUGGGCUCCAAUUGUCAUGGUCUAUUUCAUGGACACACAAAUUUGGUACGCGAUAUAUGCUACUAUUAUUGGUGGAAUCUAUGGGGCCUUCAGCCACUUGGGUGAGAUACGGACACUUGGCAUGCUAAGGUCACGAUUUGAAUCGGUUCCUUUAGCUUUUGUUGAACGCCUUGUGCCUAUGCAAAAAGAUCCUAAAAGAGAUCAUGUGGAAGAUGAUCUAUCUGUGAGAAAGAACAUAGCAAAAUUUUCACAGGUGUGGAAUGAAUUCAUAUUUUCAAUGCGGAUGGAAGACUUGAUCAGCAACAGUGAGACAGAUCUGCUUCUUGUACCUUAUACUACAAGUGAUGUUCCAGUUGUCCAGUGGCCACCAUUCUUGCUUGCUAGUAAGAUCCCCAUUGCAUUAGACAUGGCCAAAGAUUUCAAAGGAAAGGAAGAUGCAGACCUGUUCAGGAAGAUCACUAAUGAUGAUUAUAUGCGGUCAGCAGUGAUGGAAUGCUACCAAACACUUAAGGAAAUAUUAUUUGAACUUAUUGAUGAUGACCGAGAUAAUAUGAUCUUACAGCAUAUAUGCCAUGAAAUAGAAACUAGCAUUCAACAGCGAACGUUUUUGAGUAAAUUUCGUAUGAGCGAAUUGCCUUCACUCAAUGAUAAGCUGGAGAAGUUCUUGGAUCAUCUGCUAGCAGAUAAUGUUGAUGAUGAGAAAUACACAUCCCAAAUCAUCAAUGUUUUUCAGGAUAUCAUGGAGAUUAUCACACAAGAUGUUAUGAAUAAUGGACACGAGAUACUUGAAAGAGCUCAUGCUCAUCAUCAUGAUAAUGACAAAAAGGAAAGAUUUGAGCGAAUCAAUGUCCAAUUAACUCAAAUCAGAUCAUGGAAGGAAAAGGUGGUGAGGCUUCGUUUGCUUUUGACUGUCAAGGAAUCGGCAAUUAAUGUGCCUACAAAUUUGGAAGCUCGUAGGCGUAUCACUUUCUUUGCAAACUCCUUAUAUAUGAAAAUGCCAAAUGCUCCAAUUGUCCGCAACAUGCUCUCAUUUAGUGUUUUGACUCCAUACUACAAAGAAGAUGUUCUCUAUUCAGAUGAUGAGCUUAAGAAGGAAAAUGAAGAUGGAAUUACAAUUUUAUUUUAUCUCCAGAAGAUAUAUCCAGAUGAAUGGAAGAAUUUUGAAGAGCGGAUUGCAGGUAGUGAGGAUAAAACAGAAGCCACACGUCAAUGGGUUUCUUACAGGGGGCAGACUCUUUCCAGAACAGUGAGAGGGAUGAUGUACUACAAGGAAGCUCUUCAGCUUCAAUGCUUCCUAGACUAUGCAAAAGACAAUGAGAUUUUUACUGGAUUCCGGACAGCUAACGUGAACAAACAUCACAUGGAUCUCAAAGAACGUGCAAGUGCAAUGGCUGAUUUGAAGUUCACCUAUGUUGUCUCUUGCCAGAUUUAUGGUGCUCAAAAGAAAUCCAGCGAGGAGAGAGAUCAAAGUUGUUAUACCAACAUCUUGAAUCUCAUGCUGACAUAUCCUUCUUUACGAGUUGCUUAUAUAGAUGAGAGAGAGGCUACCAUCAAUGGUAGAUCUCAGAAGGUUUACUACUCUGUUCUAGUCAAGGGUGGGGAUUCUUUAGAUGAGGAAAUAUAUCGUAUCAAGCUUCCAGGCCCCCCUACAGAAAUUGGUGAAGGAAAACCUGAAAACCAAAACCAUGCCAUCAUUUUUACCCGUGGAGAAGCGCUACAGACAAUCGACAUGAAUCAGGACAAUUACUUUGAGGAAGCAUUCAAAAUGAGAAAUGUAUUGGAGGAAUUUCACAAGGAUCAUCAUGGCCAACGUAGACCAACAAUUUUGGGGUUGAGAGAAAAUAUCUUCACUGGAAGUGUAUCAUCACUAGCUUGGUUCAUGUCCAAUCAGGAGACAAGUUUUGUGACAAUUGGCCAAAGGGUUUUAGCAGACCCUCUGAGGGUGCGAUUCCAUUACGGUCACCCUGACAUAUUUGACAGACUCUUUCACAUCACACGGGGUGGCGUAAGUAAAGCUUCUAGAACCAUCAACCUGAGUGAGGAUAUAUUUUCAGGUUAUAACUCCACUCUGCGUGGAGGUUAUGUGACACAUCAUGAAUAUAUCCAAGUAGGAAAAGGUCGUGAUGUUGGUAUGAAUCAGAUAUCCCUUUUCGAAGCUAAAGUUGCAAAUGGAAACGGCGAACAGACACUCAGCCGUGAUGUUUACCGACUUGGUCGCCGUUUUGAUUUUUACAGAAUGUUCUCAUUCUACUUCACCACAGUUGGUUUCUACUUUAGCAGCAUGGUCACUGUGCUGAUUGUUUAUGCCUUUCUAUACGGACGUAUGUACAUGGUUUUGAGUGGGUUGGAAGGGCGGAUAUUAGAAGAUGCAAGUCUUAGUAGCAACAAAGCCCUGGAAGAAGCUUUAGCCACCCAAUCCGUCUUUCAGCUCGGUUUACUUCUCGUGCUUCCUAUGGUUAUGGAAAUCGGUCUAGAAAGAGGAUUUCGCACUGCAUUAGGCGACUUUAUCAUAAUGCAACUCCAACUCGCCUCUGUGUUUUUCACUUUCCAGCUUGGAACAAAAGCACAUUACUAUGGAAGAACAAUUCUACAUGGAGGCUCAAAAUAUCGCGCCACUGGUCGUGGUUUUGUUGUCUUCCAUGCAAAAUUUGCUGAAAAUUACAGGUUAUAUUCACGUAGUCACUUUGUGAAAGGGUUGGAAUUGGGGAUUCUGCUUGUUAUCUAUCAGGUGUAUGGGAAUUCGUACCGGAGUUCAAAUCUAUACCUGUUUAUAACGUUCUCGAUAUGGUUCUUGGUGGCUUCGUGGUUGUUUGCUCCAUUUGUGUUCAAUCCUUCGGGAUUUGAUUGGCAGAAAACAGUGGAGGAUUGGACUGAUUGGAAAAGGUGGAUGGGGAAUCGUGGUGGGAUUGGAAUUGCACAGGAUAAAAGUUGGGAAUCAUGGUGGGAUGCAGAACAGCAGCAUCUUAAGUACACAAACAUAAGGGGAAGAAUUCUUGAAAUUAUACUUGCGUGUCGCUUCUUCAUCUAUCAGUAUGGACUUGUGUAUCAUCUUAAUAUUUCACGUGGAAGCACGAGUAUACUGGUUUAUGCGCUUUCGUGGUUGGUCAUGAUAUCUGCUCUUCUAGCAUUGAAGUUGGUGUCAAUGGGGAGAAGAAGAUUUGGCACAGACUUACAGCUGAUGUUCAGGAUCUUAAAGGCGCUUCUCUUCCUUGGCUUCCUUUCAAUAAUGACAGUCUUAUUUGUUGUAUGUGGCCUGACCAUCAGUGACAUAUUUGCUGCCUUCCUUGCCUUUUUGCCAACAGGCUGGGCAUUCAUGUUGAUUGGUCAAGCGUGCAGGCCUUGUGUAAAAGGCAUAGGAUUUUGGGACUCAAUAAUGGAGUUAGGGCGUGCAUACGAAUGCUUGAUGGGAUUGGUGAUAUUUAUGCCAAUUGUCAUACUUUCAUGGUUCCCUUUCGUAUCAGAGUUCCAAACAAGGCUGCUUUUCAAUCAAGCAUUCAGCAGAGGUCUCCAGAUUUCAAUGAUUCUUGCUGGGAAGAAGGACAAGGACAAGACCUAACCUCCUUGUUAACACCCUUGUUCAAAGGAAGUUUUGAAUUUACAACUCUAUAUAUAUAUAUAUAUAUAUAUAUAUAUAUAUAUAUAUAUAUAUAUAUAUAUAUAUUUAUCUGUAUAUAUUCUUCAGAUUCAUAAUUCUUUUUAAACUUAAUUGCUAUUGUCAAAUCAAAUCUUCAUUAACAACAGUCUGAAAUUACAGUCAUACUUGUUGAAAUAAAAAUAUACCGAUGACAUUGAAGGUAACUUCAGUCGUUUAUGCA